AUGAUCCUCCCCCGAAACGCCCUUGCUACGGGGGAAGAGGCGCUCAUCGGUCUCGUCGCGCGACAGGUUUACUAUGGGAAUCGCAGGGACUGCUACUACUACGGGAACUGCCGCUCCAACUGGGACCGCUGGGGCCGCUGGGUCCUCGCCGGCAUCCUCAUCUUCCUCGGCCUCUUCCUCUUCUUUCUCUACUUAUGCUGCGCCAACCGCCGCCGUCGCCGCCGCAUGAACAACGCACCCACGCCCAUGACAGCCCACAACCCGGGCUACAGCGGCUACCACCCCCAGCAGCCGUAUGCGCCGCCGCCGGGCCCGCCGCCCCCGCAGUACGUGAAUGGGAAUGGGAAUGCGCCGGGCGGGUACUAUGGGCAGCAGAGUGGGGGGUUGACGCAGCCGCAGGGGGCGUAUAUGAAGUGA